AUGUCAACCUCCAAAGACACUGAGAAGAAGGUUAACCAGAAUAUUGACAAGGCUUCUGGUAUCGCUCAAGAGAACAUUGAAAAGGCAUCUGGCUUUGCCCAAGAUGAAGUGUCUCGCCUCCGUGCUGAACUUGACGAUUUGCGUCGCAAGGCUGGACCAAAAAUGCAUGAAGCAGAGAAUUAUUUAACGUCACCUUGCGCACUUGGCUUCUACCAAGGCGUUGUCACGGGGGUAGUGCUUGUACUUGCUUACGCUAAAUGGAAUGGAGGUCUUCGUAUUUAA